AUGUCUGUACCUUCGGCCACUGCUGGAGAUAGUCAUAGAACUAGUCUACCAUCAUCGUCAUCUAUUUCGCCAAACAUAACUCGUUCAAAAAUGCCACGAACUGAUUCAUCUCGAACUGAAAUUAAACCAUCAACUGGUCUCACUUACAAUCACGAACGAUUGGAGGCAACUGGUGUUAAACCACUCGAAGCGCCUGGUGAGAAUUCAAACUAUCAUCAUUGGCAAUUCGUGAUGGGUACCAUCAUUCGAGGAUCCGCAUAUGGAUACGUUUUACGAGAUGUUCAGCCAGAUCCUCUUCCGUCUACUGAAGAACACGAUAGAUGCAAAGUAUCUGCUCUAUUACUUCGAUAUGUUGAUCAAGCGAACUACGAGUUUUUAUCUCCUCACCAAGACGAUCCAAAGAUAUGGUUUCAUGUCAUAAAACCAAAUUCGACGCUCAAACCACGAGCACGAUCAGCUAUUUUUCUUUCGUAUUUAAUCAAUAACGAAGGAGCUAUAGUUUGGGAUACAGAAAAGAAGUGUGCUUUAAAAGCUACUUCUUUAGUGUUCCUCGACAAAGUCUUCCCUAGACUCCAAUCAGAGAAUUCUCCCAUGCCAAAAGAUAUUAACAUUCUUCCUUGGCCAACACUAGAUAGUGAAGAAAUUACUUUGACUGAUAAGAACAUUCAAGUAUCAGAAGAAGAACUUCCUACAACAACAAUUCCAUCUCGUCCUAUAAGAGCAAGACGUCAACCUGUUUGA